AUGAACGCCACCACCGGGGGCUACAGUGGUCAGGACCACGACAGACUGGCCGCCACCGAGGAUGCCUUUGCCAACAUGACCAUGCUCUCGUCGAAAGACGACGGCGGCGACGGCAUCAUGGACAUUACCGCCGGCCAGAAGAUGCUGUCGGCCAUCUCUGGCAGCCUAUUGACAUCGGUGCUUGUCACGCCUCUUGACGUCGUUCGCGUCAGGUUGCAAUCGCAAACCCCUCCGCAAGCCCACACAGCCGAUCUCCAGAAGCUGGCCAUUUCCUCGCCAAACGCCUUUCGCCCGUCCAACCUGGGGGUCACAGCAUGCUGUCGCGAGGUCUUCUUCAUGAACAACAAUGCCGAGCUGUGCGUUGCCGGCCCGAGGAUCGAGGCGCUGGGAGGGUCGACCGCGGCCGGCGACUGUGCAGUGGAGCAGACGCAAAAGAGGGCCUUCAACUCGACGUUCGAUGGCAUACGGAAGAUUGCCCGCAACGAGGGCAUCACAACCCUGUGGCGCGGCCUGUCGCCCACGCUCGUCAUGGCUGUCCCUGCCAACAUCAUCUACUUCACGGGCUACGAGUGGCUAAGAUACAACGAGGCGAGUCCGAUCGCUAGGUUGAAGUCGGAUGUCUAUAUCCCGCUGGUCGGCGGUGCUCUUGCACGGAUUCUGGCCGCCACUGCUAUCGGCCCCAUCGAGCUCUUCAGGACCCGCCUACAAGCUACGAGAGGGACCACCACCACGGGCCACCUAGCCAACACGUUCAACAGCAUGAAGGAGAUGGUGGCGGAAAGUGGGUAUCGGUCACUGUGGCGUGGCUUGACCCUGACUCUCUGGCGCGACGUGCCCUUUUCAGGCAUGUACUGGUGGGGAUACGAGACCAUCCGUGGUAAACUCACGGAUCUACGAGAGGAGCGCCGGGGUAGGUCUCUAUCACAGGAGAGUGGCUCCCGCAGGCGGGCGCGAACCCGCUCGCAGAGCAGAGAGAACCACACUUCGACGUUCGUCGACAGCUUCGCUGCAGGUGCCCUGUCCGGGUCUUUUGCGUCGCUUGUGACGACACCAUUUGAUGUGGGCAAGACGAGGACCCAGGUCUUCCGGGAAACUGGGAAGAAGGCUGCAAACAGCGUCGAGAAGGCAGCCGUGGCCCCGGAGGAACAGUCCAUGAUCCGGCUCCUCUGGCAUGUGUUCACCACGGAAGGCGUAUCGGGUCUGUGGAGAGGUUGGAUCCCCAGAACCCUGAAGGUUGCGCCCAGCUGUGCCAUCAUGAUCAGCAGCUACGAGGUCGGCAAGCGAGCAUUCAGGGGUGUGAAUGAGCGAGCGGCUUUGAAGAAGCAGGAUACCGACGCAGGCGAGCCAUGA